UCCUCCUGCUUCUCUGUAGUAAGCCUCCUCAACCUUUAACGGUGGCUGCUGGAAGUGUCUUUCGCCUAAGUUAGCAUUUUGGGUUAAACUAGUCAAUCCAUCUACGGCGAUAUUUCACUUACGAGACGCAUAAGUAAGAACUAUCAUCUAGUUCUGCUUUAACAUAUCCAUGAUAUGUGGCACCACCGACUACCCCCCCUGUGUUUGCCUCUCCAUCCAACACAGAUAACACAUCGCUACAAUCCGUUUCAACUACAAUUGUUGCAAGCUUCAAGUCCCACGCUAACUUCAGUCCUUCGAAGAUUCCCCACAGAUUCACAUCCAAUACUAAAUAAAUGACGUCCGUUAAAACAAUAACAACCCAAAGGGUUUUUGAAUUCGACGAUUCGAGAAAUGACGUCGUUAAAGAUCCAAGAAACAGAAACAAGUCAAGAGCAAGAAAGAGGUGGGGUAUUCUUCUAUGCCAUGGAUUUCGUCGACUUCGAGUCUGAUGGAGGCUCAAGAGUUCGGGGAAAUGAUGGAGCACGUGGACGAGGUUAAUUUCGCUUUCGAUGGGUUGAAGAAAGGUCACCCGGUGAGGGUCAGGAGAGCGAGUCUCUUGUCUUUGCUUUCGAUUUGCGCCACCGCCCCACAGAGGAGACUGUUGUGAACUCAUGGGUUUUGAUGAAUUUAACAAAUGACAAGCCACUCGGCUGUCGGCAAAUUGCGGCUUCGGGGGCCCUAGAAAUCUUGUCUACGUUAAUUGCCUGCCACUACCCUACAUUCUGCUCAUAUUUGCCCCACAGCAGUGAAAUGGAAGUGAUUUCUCUUAGUGUAGAACACCACAACCAGAAAGACAGACCUCUUACCGAUCCUGAAUUAGAUUUCCUUGUAGCAAUACUGGGUUUGCUUGUGAACCUAGUGGAGAAGGAUGAACAUAAGAGGUUCACGUACCUUCUUUGCAUUCAGUGCAGUGGUUUCCAAAUCAGGGUUGGGGGCAUUUUACGCCUUUUCUAUAUUCAUAAACAGUUAUGUGUCAAUCUUCUAUGCAGAUCACGGCUUGCAGCAGCUUCUGUUUCCUUACCAAAUUCAAAAGGAUUAAGAGAGGGGAGUCCCAUGGCUGUCAUUCCACUGCUAUGUGCUAUCUUCGUUGCAAACCAAGGAGAAGAUGAUGGUACUGGAGGAAUUAUUUCUUCAGUGAGGAACCUCCCCCCCUCUUUUUUUCGUGAAUGUCUUAUUUUGCUCUAUUUUUUUCAUGGCUCAGAGCACUUUAUUGGCACUAGUGAGGUUGAAGAAUUCAUCAUCAUAGUCAAUUGUCUCCCAAAGCACAGCCUGUCGGCUCUGGUACCUGUGUUGGAGAGAUUUGUGGUAUGUGUAAUUCAAGUACCAAAUCUGGUUAUAAAUGGUUGUCCCUUGUUCCCAUAUGUAAUGGGAUAAGGGGGAGGUAAGAUAGUAGGCUGUCCCCAAU